GGGCCAGGCCAUGGGUGACCCUUCCGAGGAGCCAGGCUCCAGGGAACACUCUUGGUCCGGGCACAGACCCGAGCGGCCCGAGCCGUUCGCUUCUUAUCAAGCUUCCUAUGAACGCGAGCACGGCCCUAUUGAGCCACAUGAACCAGGUUAUGGUCUUUAUCAGCCAGGAUACAGUCCGUAUGAUGCUCAGAUAUCCGAUACCAAAUCCCGAAUGCUGGCAAUUCAAAAUGCCAAAGCGUAUUUACUGAAGAGCAGCACAACAUCUGGCCUGAACCUAUACGAUCAUCUUGCUAAUAUGCUAACAAAGAUCCUGGAUGAACAGCCCACAAAUGCAGUAGACAUAAUUGAGAAUAUCAGCAAGGAUGUGAAGUGGGCUCAGUUUCAGAAAAAAAUGGACACUCUUCGAGAUGAACAUGAGAUUCUUCCAACAUUUGAAGCUGCAGAAAAGCAAAAAGCUUUGUUCACCAAGGAAAGUGGAGGAGAGGAAGAACAAGAAGAAGAGAUAGGAGAGAGCCCUUUACCUAAUGUGAUGGAAACAGCCUUUUAUUUUGAACAGGCUGGAAUUGGCUUAAGCAAAGAAGAAUCCUAUCGCAUAUUCCUUGCCCUUAGAAAACUAAUCAGUGAUCAUCGAAUGCAGACCUGUCGCUUCUGGGGCAAAAUUUUGGGCCUGGAAAUGAACUAUAUUAUAGCUGAAGUACAGUUCCAAGAGGGGGAAGAGGAGGAGGAGGAAGCAGAGGAGGAAGAUGAUAAUGAGGAGAGAGAGAAAGAGAUGGGUGAGGAUGAAGAUGAAGAUGAAGAUGAGACAAAAAAAAAAGAUGAACCACCAAAGUCCACUUAUAAGCCUCCACCUGUCAUCCCAAAAGAAGAAAAUGGGACAGGGGCUAAUAAAUAUGUCUACUUUGUCUGUAAUGACCCAAGCAACCCAUGGGUGAAGUUGCCUCCAGUGACACCAGCCCAGAUUGUCUGUGCCAGGAAAAUCAAGAAGUUCUUCACUGGUCGUCUGGAUGCUCCCGUUGUGAGCUUUCCUCCUUUCCCUGGAAACGAAGCCAACUACCUGCGUGCACAGAUAGCUCGGAUCUCAGCAGGGACACAUAUCUCUCCCAUUGGAUUUUACCAGUUUCCAGAGGAAGAAGGAGAUGAUGAUGAGGAAGGGGAGGGAGGAAGAGAUACAUUUGAAGAAAAUCCUGAUUUUCAGCCACUUUCUGUGGCUGAAAUGGUGGAUUCUGUCUCUGCGUGGGUACACCAUGUACGGAGUAUCCUUGAGCAGGGUCGUUGUGUUUGGUUUAAUCCUUUUCAAAAAUCAGAGGAAGAAGAAGAAGAAGAGGAAGGGGAGGAGAAAGAAGAGGAGCCAGGUGAACUGGACCGAGAAGUUGGACCUCCUCUUCUCACUCCACUCUCUGAAGAUGAAGGAAUUCAAAACAUCCCUGCUUGGACAGCUUAUCCUUCUACAACCCUGAUCCCACAACAUGCUGUUGCAAUCCUCCAGUCAAACCGAUGGCCUGGGGCAUUUGCCUUUGCAUCUGGCAAGAAAUUUGAUAACAUUUACUUUGGCUGGGGUCACAAAUACAGUCCAGAGAACCAGAAUCCUGUGCUGCCUCCACCUGUGCAAGCAGAAUACCCCAGUGGGCCAGAGAUCACUGAGGGAACUGACCCCACCCUGGAGGAAGAAAAUGCUUUCAAGGCUGCCAAGGAAAAAGCCUUAGCAGAUGAGGAAGAACAAGAGGAAGAACAAGAGGAAGAGAAUGAAGAGGAAGAGGAGGAGGAUGAUGAUUAA